AUGAAGCAAAAGCAGGGGACAAAUAACCAAACGGAUGAGACGACCAAUUCGGAAGCGAACGCGCAAGUAGUGGCACACGGGAUUAGUCCCCCUGACUGUAGUGUCGACUUGGCCAGUGCGACCGUGCAGUAUAGCGUGUACAGCUCAUGCCUCCUGCUGCUGUCCAGCCUUCAGCUGUAUUACAUGUGUGAGGAGAAGGGUGUCCUCAAAAAAAAAAAAAAAAAAAACAGCACAUUCAAAAGGGGUAUACCCAGGGAAAGAAAAGGAUAA